CAACAUGGCUUCCUACGAUCCUGCCGACCCUGAGAUGCAGUAUCUUGCUGUGGACCGCAAGAAGCUGAUGAAGGAGCAGAAGCAAAACUUUGAUGCCAAGAAGUCUUGCUGGAUACAUGAUGCAGAGCAGGGCUUUGUUGCUGCAGAACUGCAGAGUACGAAAGGAGAGGAAUGCACCGUCCUCAUUGUUGAUUCAAAACAGACGAAGACGGUUAAGAAGGAUGACAUCCAGUCGAUGAACCCUCCAAAGUUCGAGAAGAUCGAAGACAUCGCCAACAUGACCUUCCUCAACGAGGCCAGCGUUCUGUACAACUUGAGAAGCAGAUAUACAUCUGGGUUGAUCUAUACCUAUUCCGGCCUGUUCUGUAUCGCCAUCAACCCCUACCGCCGUCUCCCCAUCUACACCCCGUCCAUCGUGGCCAAGUACAGGGGCAAGAGGAAGACCGAGAUGCCUCCUCACUUGUUCUCCAUCUCGGACAACGCCUACCAGUUCAUGGUCCAAGAACGAGAAAACCAGUCCAUGCUUAUCACCGGCGAAUCUGGUGCAGGAAAGACUGAGAACACCAAGAAGGUCAUCGCCUACUUCGCUUUUGUCGCCGCUGCCUCCAAGGGAGAGGGAGAACAAGAGGAAAAGAAGGGUUCCCUCGAGGAUCAGAUCGUGCAGGCUAACCCUGUUCUUGAGGCCUACGGUAACGCCAAGACAUCCCGUAACAACAACUCUUCCAGAUUCGGUAAAUUUGUCCGAAUCCACUUUGCUUCUUCUGGGAAAAUUGCUGGUGCCGACAUCGAAACUUAUCUACUGGAAAAAUCCCGUGUCACCUACCAACAGUCUGUGGAGAGAAACUACCACAUCUUCUACCAGAUGCUGUCUGGUGCUUUGCCAUCAGUUGCAGAAACGAUUUUGGCCAAUCCAGAUGCUGGACUUUUCACAUUCAUAAACCAGGGAGUUCUCACCGUCAAUGGAAUCGACGAUGUAGAGGAAAUGAAGAUGACUGAUGCUGCCUUUGAUGUCCUGGGAUUCACUCCGGAGGAGAAAACUAGCGCCUACAAAUGCACUGGCUCUAUCCUCCACAUGGGCGAGAUGCAGUUCAAGCAGAAGGGUGAACAGGCUGAGGCUGAUGGAACUGCUGAGGCUGAGAAGGUUUCCUUCCUGUUGGGUGUCAACUGUGGUGACUUCCUGAAGGCUUUGUGUAAACCCAAGAUCAAGGUGGCCAUGGAUUACGUUACCCAAGGUCGAACCAAGGACCAGGUCCUCUAUUCUAUCGGUGCCUUGUCGAAGUCCCUGUAUGAUCGUGUGUUCAACUGGCUGGUCAAGAGAGUCAACCACUCCCUGGACACAAAGAAACCCAGGCAAUUCUUCAUUGGUGUGCUGGAUAUUGCGGGCUUCGAAAUCUUUGAUUUCAACAGUUUCGAGCAACUGUGCAUCAACUACACCAACGAGCGUCUGCAGCAGUUCUUCAACCACCACAUGUUUGUGCUGGAGCAGGAAGAAUACAAGAAAGAGGGCAUCCAAUGGGAAUUCAUUGACUUCGGCAUGGAUUUGCAGGCCUGUAUUGAGCUCAUCGAGAAGCCCCUCGGUAUCCUGUCCAUACUGGAAGAGGAGUGCAUGUUCCCUAAGGCCUCUGACAAGACCUUCAAGGACAAACUGACUCAGAAUCACAUGGGCAAAUCACCCAACUUCCUAAAGCCCAACAAGUCAAUGAAGGGUGGUGCACAUGGUGACUUCGCCCUGAAGCACUACGCCGGAACUGUACCCUACAACAUCGGAGGCUGGCUGGAGAAGAACAAAGACCCUGUCAACGAGACCAUUGUGGAUCUCCUGAAACAAUCCAAAGAACCACUUGUCCAGUUGCUCUUCUCUCCACCUGCAGGAGAUGCCACUGCUGAGGCCGGAGCUGGCAAGAAGAAAAAGAAGAGCUCUGCUUUCCAAACCAUCUCUGCCACUCACAGGGAAUCUUUGAACAAGCUCAUGAAGAACCUUUACUCCACACAUCCUCACUUCGUACGCUGUAUCAUCCCCAACGAGACCAAGACACCAGGUCUGAUUGAUGCCAGCCUAGUGCUUCACCAACUGCAGUGUAAUGGUGUACUUGAGGGAAUCCGUAUCUGCAGAAAGGGAUUCCCCAGCAGGAUCAUCUACUCAGAGUUCAAACAGAGAUAUUCAAUCUUAGCUCCGAGUGCCAUUCCGGAAGGAUUUGUUGAAGGUAAAGUCGUAUCUGGCAAGAUUCUUGAAGCUCUGGAGAUGAAUCAAGACGAGUUCCGUCUUGGUAACACCAAGGUGUUCUUCAAAGCUGGUGUUCUUGGUUACCUGGAGGAAAUACGUGAUGAACGUCUCUCCGUUAUUGUGGCUUUGUUUCAAGCUCACAUUCGAGGUUAUCUUAUGAGGAAAUAUCUGAAGAAUCUGCAUGACAAGAGAGUUGCUUUGGAACUGAUCCAGAAGAACAUCCGAAAGUGGCUUGCCAUGAGGAACUGGUGUUGGUGGAGAUUCUACACCAAGGUCAAGCCACUCCUGAGUGUUGCUGCUGCUGAGGACGAGAUGAAACAGAAGGAGGAAGCACUUGGUAAAACAAAGGGUGAACUUGAGAAGGUGACCCAGAGGUGCAAGGAGCUUGAGGAACAGAGUGUGACCUUGAGCGAAGCCAAAAAUAACCUGUUUCUUCAGGUGCAAACCCAACAAGACACCAUUGAUGACUGCGAAGAAAGGAUUGAGCAACUCCUUCAACAGAAGGAAGAUAUGGAACAACAAAACAAAGAUCUUGAGAAUAAACUUCUGGACGAAGAGGAUGCUCAUGACAAAGUGAUUGAAAAACAGAAAGUUCUGGAAGGUCAACUUGAUAGCAUGACGACUCAUGUAGAUACCAUUGAGUGCAGUUUGACUAAGGCUGAACACGAGUGCAAGACUAAAGAUGCGCAGAUCAGGACCCUCAAUGAUGAAAUGACACAGCUAGAAGAAGCAAUGUCUAAGCUAUCAAAAAGCAAGAAGAACCUUGAAGAUGAGCACAAGAAAACUGUAGAUUCACUCCAGGCCGAAGAAGACAAGGUGCAUCACCUCAACAAACUGAAGACGAAGCUUGAAGGAACACUUGAUGAUCUUGAGGAUGCUCUGGAACGUGAAAAGAAGGUUCGAGGAGAUGUUGAGAAAGCGAAAAGAAAGCUUGAACAGGAUCUGAAGGCAACACUAGAGGCUGUUCAGGACCUUGAACAUAUCAAAGUGGAGCUUCAGGAAUCUGGCAAGAGGAAGGAUAAGGAAAUAUCUAACCUCAAUAAUCUCUUGGAGGAGGAACAGACCCAUUGCAGCCAACUGCAGAAGAAAAUCAAGGAACUGCAGAAUCGUCUUGAUGAGUCUGAACAGGAAUUGGAGUCUGAAAAACAAACACGAGGAAAGGUUGAGAAGCAAAGAAUGGAGCUAGCGAGGGAAUUGGAGGAACUCCAUGAGCGUCUGGACGAAGCCGGGGGCGCUACAGCUGCUCAGAUUGAGCUGAAUAAGAAGCGGGAGCAGGAGCUGGUGAAACUCCGUCGUGAGAUGGAGGAGACGAAUAUGCACCAUGAGGCCCAGGUGGCUACCAUCCGCAAGAAGAACACAGACUCUGCCAAUGAAAUGAGCGAACAAAUUGAUAUGUUGCAGAAAACAAAAAUGAGGGUUGAGAAGGAGAAGAUGCAGCUGGCGACUGAGCUUGAUGACAUGCAAACGGAACUAGAGCACGCAAAGAACAAGGGCUGCUCAGAUGUGGUGUCCAAACAGAUGCAGAUUCAUUUGGCUGACCUCAAUGCUCAGCUAGAUGAUGGUGCCCGCCAAUUCACUGAGCUACAGUCUCAGAAGAACAGACUUACUUCUGAGGUGACCGAAGUGACACGUCAGCUGGAGGAGACGGAACGUACCCUCAGUAGAACCCACAAGGAAAAAUCUUCUCUGGGCGGCCAACUGGAAGAAUGCAAGCGCUCCAUGGAAGAUGAGACUAAGAUCCGCCAGAAGGUCCAGGCUGAGGGCCGACACCUACGGGGGGAGGUGGAGAGCCUGCAGAUGCAACUAGAGGAGGAACAGGAGAGCCGUACAAGCAUCCAACGUCAAUUGUCCAAGGCCAACGGCGAGGUUAUGCAGUGGAAAGCCAAAUUUGAGACAGAAGGAUCAUCCAGAACUGAGGAACUCGAAGAGUCAAAACGCCGUCUCCAAGUCAAGUUGAGUGAAACUGAGCAAGCAAUGGAAGCGACACAAGCUAAAUGCAGUUCCAUUGAGAAGGCUAAAGCAAGGCUUGACGGCGAGCUCGAAGAUCUCAUGAUAGACGUUGAGAGGGCUAAUGCUACUGUUCAUAACAUGGAGAAGAAGCAGCGAAACUUCGACAAAACCGCUCAGGAAUGGCAGACAAAGGUGAAGGACCUUCAAGUCGAGUUGGAAUGUGCUCAGAAGGAAUCCAGAGAGUAUUCCACCGAAUUAUUCCGCUUCCGAAGUGGAAUGGAGGAAUGUCAAAGCCAAAUGGAGUCACUGAGGAAGGAGAACAAGAAUCUAGCUGAUGAAACCGUUCAGCUGAAUAGGCAACUGACUGAUGAUGGUCACAGUGUCAGUGAGAUGGAAAAGGCAAAGAAACGGCUCAUGUUAGAGAAGGAGGAACUGCAGGCCGCCUUGAUAGAAGCAGAAGCUGCUCUUGAACAGGAGGAGGCGAAGGUUAUGCGUGCCCAGCAAGAGGUUUCACACACACGUGCAGAUAUAGAGAGACGUAUUACUGAGAAAGAGGAAGAGAUCGAUAACUUGAGACGCAACCACCAGCGCUCUCUUGACUCCAUGCAAGUUAGUCUGGAUGCUGAGAACAAGAGCAAGAUGGACGCUAUAAGGGUAAAGAAAACUCUGGAACAGGACAUUGCCGAGCUGGAAGUUGUAGUUGACACAGCCAACAGGGCUAGAACCGAAACCGAGAACUAUGCCAAGAAAUACCAGGCUCAAGCUAAGGAGUUUGAAGCCAUGGUGGAAGAGGAACAACGAAACUGUGCUGAGGCUCGUGAAGCAUACCAAAGUCUAGACCGCCGCUUUAACACCAUGAAGGGAGAGAUAGAUCAAAUGAGGUCGGCUCUGGAAUCCGGUGAGCGUGCCCGCAAGGCUGCCGAAUCUGAACUGUUGGAUGCUGAAACUCGAGUGAACGAGCUCACAGCUCAGGUGUCUACUCUGACGGCCCAGAAGAGAAAACACGACAUCGACAUGACCACUGUACAGUCUGAUCUUGAAGAUGUUCAAGCCGAGGUGAAAACAGCUGAAGACAACUACAAACGUGCUGUAGCUGAUGCUGCUCGUCUUGCAGAGGAGCUCCGCUCUGAGCAAGAACACAGCAGGCAAAUGGAUAAGAUUAAGAGAAACAUGGAUAUUCAGAUGAAGGAAUUGCAGGUCAGAGUUGAUGAGGCUGAAGCCUCUGGAGCCAAGGGAGGCAAGAUGGUGAUGCAGAAACUGGAACAGAAGGUUCGUGAGCUUGAGACUGAGUUGGACAAAGAACAGCGCCGCCAUCUUGAAACCUCUAAGACAUCUCGACUGUCUGAGCGCCGCCUCAAGGAAACCGCCUUCCAGGUGGAUGAGGAUAGGAAACACCAGGAAAGACUCCAGGCGAUCAAUGAGAAGCUCAAUGCCAAGAUCAAGACCCUGAAGACCCAGAUUGAAGAAUCUGAGGAAAUGGCAGCCACAAAUCUCAACAAAUACCGCCGUGCACAGCAGGAGUUCGAGGAUGCUCAGGAACGAGCAGAUUCUGCUGAGCAAGCUCUUCUGAAGAUGCGGUCCAGGAACCGUCGCUCAGUAUCCAUCGCCCGUAACUAGAACGUUGACCAUAUUGCUCAGUAAUUCAUUGGGACCUCGUUAUCAGAAUAUUUCGGUCACCUUCACCUUCACCUUCACCUUCACCUUCCAGAUCAAAUGGUUUCAGGAUUACCUGCACACAGAUUGUCGUGCGCAAAAGAUUGAAAUCGCCCGGAAGGAGCCGUCCGGUUGAACGAGGGUUCUAUUGUGCCUGGUUUUACUAUAUUGUCUUAAACACUACAACCUACCUCGCCACACAUCCCUGUACUAACCAGCCACAAACAUUAGGACCAAUAUGUGCCAUGUCUUUUUUACCUUCUAUAGAUGAUAUAAGAAUAAAUUCCACAUUUAUGUCAUAAAUGUAUUUCAUGCUUUCCGUGAUAUAAUUCCAAUAUCUGUCUGACAUUUUACAUUAUUCCCUACCACAUUCCUAUAUCAAGUCUUUCUACAAAUGUUUCGCACGUUUCAAAGUAAAACUAAUUUAUUAUAUUUAACAACAUAUGUAUCUGUUUGUUUGUGUCCAUUUCCAUAGCAGGAAUAAAAUAGUUUCUAU